AUGGAGCGUCUUCUGCACUAUUCACUCACCUGGUACAAGCACAACUGUGGCUCGGACCAUUCCUCGUACAGUGAUGACUACACCUGCCACCAACAAUCGCGAUCCAUCAUGUCCACUAACAGCUUGCGUGAACUCAUUUUACACCAGGUCUUCGAACUCCUCUCAAACCUUGCUUGCCACGUCGACGCCUCGAGUUUCUUCGCCAAAGCGAAGAUUCUCUCGCACUUUACCUCACUGGAUGCAAAGGUUAUUGCUCGAGUUCCCAAGGGUCAAUAUCUCCAGCGUCUGUGGCUUCGUUUCAUUGCCAAUUUGACACUUACUCGUGAAGGCCAAUCACUCCUUUUGAGCCAUACACGCGCAGUUGAGGUGCUAGUGGAUCACGUGAGGUCCUGCUACGACGAGGAGGCUCGGCGGUUGGCUCUCCUUGGUAUUCAAAACCUCUGUGGCAAUGCCACCUUCAAAACAUAUCUCUACAAAAAGAGUAGUGGUGUAACGGAAGUUCUUGCCAAUGCUUUGGAACCUACUACGCUCUCCUCCUCAUUAAACAGUGUAGAAAUUCUUUUACUUGCACUAACGGCACUCAGUAACGCUGCAUACAGUUGCACAAAGGUUCGCGUGCUUCUCAAGUCCGAAGGCUUCGUGUAUCGACUGACUAACCUGAAGGCAUUCUGUCAGUCGAAUGGCAAAAGCUACAGCCAUACUCUCCUCCCCAUUGUGGACCUCCUUUUAAAGGCACUGACCCAAUGA